CAGACACACACACAACGAAUGAGGCAACAAUAGGGAUGGAAACCUAAAGCGAAAAACAACAACAAGUACUGUAUACACACGCUUCCGAACAAUAGUGUAUUGAGUUAUAGAGUAGGAAGCUGAGUAAGAGAGAAGUUUGAGGAGUGACAGUAUAACUACACCAGACUACGCUUCUGGAUUCACCACAAGACUCCAGGCGCAUUACCUUCCCUUGCGCCCCCCCCUGUCCGUCCGUCGUCCGUUCUGUGCGGUCAUGACGCAGAGCCACUUCGCCACAAGUGCCCUUAUCCUACUGGUCAUCCUGCUGGGACUCACCCUAAACCUUCCGCCUGCCACCUCUGUCCCUGUGCCAACCGAGACACACAGCCCCAGCGACAGCCAUGCUCCUCCCCCUCCUGGGCUUAGGAUACCCGAGGGAGAAGGGGAUGUGCGGGAAGGGAAGAAGAAGGGACUUCCACAGAGAGAGAGAGUAGAGGAGGACAAAGAGGAGGGUGAGCUUUUCGGAGACAUGGACCCCAAAACGUUAGCGGCCGUUCUGCUGGAGGCGAUGAAUAAGCCGCACGGGGAGAGGAUGAACGGAGGUGUGGAGGAUGGGAGGAAGGAUGAGGAGAGAGGAGAGGAGGAGGAGGAGGAGGAGGGAGAAAGGCGAGAGGAGAAGGGAGAGGAGGUGAGAGCUGCGUUGGAGGAUGGAGCGGACCGAGACAGGGACGGUCGUGAGGAACUUGAGUUGGUGAUGGCCGCCACUGCGGAGCAGGGCACGGAGGAGCGACAGAGGGAGGAGGAGGAGGAGAGGAAGAGAGCACAGGAGGAAGAGGAAAGACUAACAGAGAAGGUGACUAGCCGUACCACCAGCCAGACGGUUCCUGUGAAGGAGAAACAACCUCAGACAGUAGAAGGAAGAGGGGAGGAGGUGGGAGUAAAGGAGAUAGGGGCCAGAGAGGAGGCGCAGCAGGGACCUCCCACCUCCCAGGAGAUCCAACAAGAGGAGCAGGAGCAGCUAAGCCCAGAGGAGGUGCAGAACCUUCAAACCAUGUUGGAGGAACUACAGAACUACAACACAGCCAACAAGAGAGAGAGAGACUCCCAGGCUCAGGAGCAGAGAGAGAGGGAGAGCAGGGGCUACAACCAACACGACACAGACCAAACCCUGAUGGACAACCAGAUAAAACCCAAAGCAAAAGGAGGAUAUCCACUAGCCAUGUCCAAGAAGAAGCUCAAAUGGCAGGAGGAGACUCAGAAAGCCCUGAACAUGCCCACCUAUAGAGGAGGCAACUUCAUGGACCACUUCGACGACAAUCUGGCUCAACAAACGGCUGAGGAUGAGGAGGAUGAUGAGGAAGAUGAAGAUGAGGAGGAGGUGUUGAGCCCCCAGGAGGAGGAGAGGAGGGCGAAGGAGGAGCAGGAGGAGGUCAGGAGGCAGGCGAAGGAGGCACAGAGGGCCAAAGCUGAGGAGGAGAAGUUGGCGGACAUUGCCUCAGACAUGCUCCUGCAGUACAUGGUCAAACAGGGCAAAGGGAAGUACUCCAACCAGAACAAGAAGACCCUGCUGUCCAACGCAGCUGAGGACAAGCGCUCCGAUGAGGAGGUCGUCAGCGAGGAUGACGAUAUUGAUCCUCAGACCAUCGAUAAGCUCAUUGAAAUCUCCAGUAAGCUCCACCUCCCCGCAGACGACAUUGUUGACAUCAUCAGCGACGUCGAGAAGAAGAAGAAGAAGAAAGACACUCCUGAGACGUUACCCUGGCAACGACCUCAGCAACGACCCCUAGUACCCCCAGCAGCCCACGCCUUCGACACCCAGCCUUCGGCCCCACGCAACCCCACCCUGAAUCAGCCUUAUCCAGCCAUCAACCCCCUCAAGGCCUGGUUCAUGGACAUAUCCUCCUCAAAACAAGACCCAAACCUCUGGAUCAAACCGCAACACAAGUCCUUUCGGACCUCCUCCUCCAACUACCCUGCCUAUCCCUUCUACCAACAGAAGCCCUACCAAGGGUACUACCCCCUCUACUUCCCCCCUCCCAAGCCCAAUCCCCGCUACUACGCCAAACCCUCCCUCAUGCUCAAUGACCUCCUGUCGAAUUCCCUGGACUACGACUUUGACUUCACCCCCAAGAGGAGGUACCGUCCCUGGGUACAACCCCGCCCGAGGAAGCCCCCCGUGGCUCUCCGGCAGAAGCUCUACUACCCCAACUACCCCAAAUACCACCUGCCCUCACACCCCCGGACAUACAACCACCUCCCCAUCCCCAUGGCCAAACCCCGGUCGGCACCUCCCAGGGGUCAGGUUCAGCCUCGCCGUCGGCAUGGUUACUAUUACCAAGCACCCCCAGCGCCUCUAGUGACCCGAGACCAAGAUUAUUAUGGGAUGCAGGGGUUGGGAAUGGGGCAGCAGCAAGACAGUGACGAAGACCUGGAUAACUACAUUCAACAGGUCUUUAUGAAACCCAGACCCAGAAUGUAUCAGUGAAGGGAGAGGAAAGAAAGAAAGAAAGAAAGAAAGAAAGAAAGAAAGAAAGAAAGAAAGAAAGAAAGAAAGAAAGAAA